AGCUCUCAGCUGUCAUCAGCCCAGGAAUAACAAAGGCAGGAGCAGCUGUGCCCGUGACAGCCAGUAACAUCCAUCAGCUGAAAGAGACAGAGAGAGACAUCCAGGAACAGCCAUCCUAUGACAUACGGUGUUCUACUCAGGAAGACUGCUGGAGACAUCCAUCAGCUAACAGGGUAUUAAGUCCUAUGUUUGGGUGACCAAGCAUGCCUUUGUGUGCAUGACAAUGGCAGCUCUGCUGAUGAGGGGGGCAUCAGACCCCCAGCCAUAAAACAAGUUUCAGGGGACCUUACACACAAACACAAAUGGACAUUAAAGGACACAACUGGCCCGAGGAAGACUCAGAUGGGGACAAUGAAUGCGGGGAAUUCCUGUAUGGAGUGCAGGGUACAUGCUGUGCUGAUCUGUACAGGCAUCCCCAGCUUGAUGCAGAUAUUGAAGCUGUGAAGGAGAUAUACAGUGAGAAUGCAGUAUCUGUCAGAGAAUAUGGGACCAUUGAUGAUGUUGACAUUGAUCUACAUAUUAACAUUGGAUUCCUAGAUGAAGAGGUAGCUACAGCCUGGAAAGUAAUUCGAACAGAGCCAAUUGUACUACGCCUGCGCUUCUCUCUUUCACAGUACUUGGACGGUCCUGAACCUACAAUUGAUGUAUUUCAGCCAUCAAACAGGGAUGAUUUUGGACUUGGAAUUCAGUUAAAGAAGAUUUUGUCCCUAUUUUCCUCCCAUCAGUGGCGGUAUCUGAGCAAUGAAGUUCUUCGCUCACAGCAAGAAAGGCGUCUUCGAUGGCUCAGAGUCAGUGGAAGCAUCAAAAGAUUCCGAGCUGGGCUGAGCAUCUUCUCACCGGUGCCCAAAUCUCCUAGUUUUCCAGGAAUUCAAGACUCUGUGAUUCGAAGUGGUCUUACAGGGUCAGACCUUAGGAGUGGUCUUACUGGUUCAGAUCUCCGUGGUCCUCGUCUUAUGAACAGAUCAGUAUCAUGCACUCUAAGAAACCCCAAGUCUGAGCUAUAUGGAAGUCACAACCCUACAACCCAGGUCAGCGGACACUGUAAAACAGUCCCCACUUUGGAGUAUGGUUUUCUGGUGCAGAUAAUGAAAUAUGCAGAGCAGCGUCUCCCUACUCUAAAUGAGUAUUGUGUAGUAUGUGAUGAGCAGCAUGUCUUCCAGAAUGCAUCCAUGCUGAAGCCAGCAGUGUGUACCCGGGAGCUCUGUGUCUUCUCGUUCUACACUCUGGGAGUGAUGUCUGGGGCGGCUGAAGAAGUUGCAACAGGAGCAGAGGUAGUUGGCUUGUUGGUUGCAAUGUGUCGAGCUGCACUUGAGUCACCAAGAAAAAGUAUUAUAUUUGAGCCCUAUCCAUCUGUGGUGGAUCCUAAUGACCCUAAAACGCUAGCUUUCAACCCUAAGAAAAAGAAUUAUGAGCGCCUACAGAAAGCACUAGACAGUGUUAUGUCCAUCCGAGAAAUGACCCAGGGCUCCUAUCUGGAAAUCAAGAAGCAGAUGGAUAGACUUGACCCACUGGCCCAUCCUCUGCUGCAAUGGAUAAUUUCCAGUAACAGAUCCCACAUUGUUAAGCUACCCCUCAGUAGGCUGAAGUUCAUGCACACGUCCCACCAGUUUUUGCUGCUCAGUAGCCCCCCUGCCAAGGAGGCCCGAUUUCGAACUGCCAAGAAACUCUACGGAAGCACAUUCGCCUUUCACGGCUCUCAUAUUGAGAACUGGCACUCCAUCCUUCGGAAUGGUUUGGUGAAUGCAUCCUACACCAAACUGCAGCUGCAUGGAGCUGCAUAUGGAAAGGGUAUCUACCUGAGCCCCAUCUCCAGUAUAUCUUUUGGAUACUCAGGAAUGGGAAAGGGGCAACACCGGAUGCCAUCCAAGGAUGAGUUGGUACAGAGAUACAACCGAAUGAAUACCAUCCCACAGACUCGAUGUCUCCAAUCUCGUUUCCUGCAGAGCAGGAAUCUGAACUGCAUUGCACUGUGUGAAGUGAUCACUUCAAAGGAUUUGCAGAAGCAUGGAAAUAUCUGGGUCUGUCCUGUGUCUGACCACGUCUGCACGAGAUUCUUUUUUGUGUAUGAAGAUGGACAGGUGGGGGAUGCCAACAUUAACACUCAGGACCCCAAAAUCCAGAAGGAGAUCAUGCGUGUCAUAGGGACCCAAGUAUACAGCGGUUGAGAGAUGGAAACUUAAGGAUCACAUUUAGAUUAGCGGGAAGACUUCUGCCCCCACUAGGAUAAAGAGAAUUGGGACAGUGGAUCUGCUACACCCUUCCUGUGCAAAAUAACAAGGGUGUUGUUUGUGGCACAAGAGGCCCAAUCUCACAUGGAAUAAGGAGCUCUGCUAUGGACACGUUCUCACGGCGUCAGUAAGAUAUUGUUUUAUGUGGAACGGUGUAGUCCUGGAACAUUUACAUGAAUUAAGUUGAAUCUUUGUCUGUGCCUGCUCACUCCAAGCUCCAUACAUUCUCUUUGCCCUAAACAUUUCUCAUUGAAAAUUCUUUGUUAACAAAAAAGGAAAGAAAAAGGAAAAAAAAUAAUAAAUUUGAUGAUUUUAUUUGAGUUGAUGUGAUACUUUUAUUAUUUUAUUAAAGGGCCAUUUACUUU